AUGCGUUCCUCGUUCGGAGCAGUCGUUCUUGUGCUGGCUUUAGUAAGCGGCUCGCUUGAGCGUACGCUGGCCAUCGAUCAUACGGUGCCGUCACCUCGCGUCGGUGAUGGAGAACCUGCGGCCCCGGGGCAGUUCCCUUUCGUAGCUGGUAUUCUGAUUUCGGGCUCCUCAGCUCGUUCAUUCUGUGGCGGGGCCCUCAUUUCUACCCGUUUUGUCCUUACGGCGGCUGCAUGUAUAGUGGGUGGCAACUCGUUCACCGUUUUGUUAGGUGCUACCGACAUGACGCGUAUAGAGCAGAUAAUUCCAGUGCUCAACAUUCCGUCCCACAUUAUCGUACACCCGGGAUACAGCUCCUUGCUAAAUCGGGAUGACAUCGCCAUACUGCAGCUAUCCCACGAAGCUAACCUAACGCCCACCGUACAGGUGGCCAACCUCCCGCGCCGCUACCACACAGUCUUCACGUUCAACGAUUGGCCGGCAACGGUGGCCGGCUGGGGUAAUACUGGGAAUCGCGACAACGAACCCAUUCCACUGCAACAGCUGCUGUAUGCGAUCGGCCCAGUAGUGUCCAACUUCGUCUGCGGCAUCUCGCACAGUUUCAUUCGUGACAACAAUAUUUGCAGCUCCACCGAUAAUGGUGGACCGUGCAAUGGCGAUGAGGGUGGACCAGUUUUCGUGACGGAGGGCGGCGAGACGUUCAUCAUCGGUGUCCACUCCUUCCACUACGAUGGACUAUUCGGAUGUGAUCGAGGCCGAUCGUCGGUACACACUCGCGUGACCGAGUACCUGGACUGGAUCGCAGAAAACUCCGAUGUUGUAAUAAGGGCGUAA